ACGUUGUCCUGAAUUACGCAUUGAGAUGAAACCAUUCAAAAGUGUACUUGAAUAUAUGGAUAAUUACGUGCGGCGAGCUCAUGAAACACACAUGCGAAUAAAGCACAUAUUCCAGCUGAUCAGAUAGUAUUUAAUUCAGAUAGAAAAACAAAGAGCUCCGAGUCCUGCACCACAUCAUGAAAAGUGAGAAAUCACGAUGUGCGAUUAACGGCAUCUGCGCACCGCAUGAACGCAAUAUUCAUCCGACGAAGCUCUUAAUCGGUACUGCUCCUGCCCGAAAUACAAAAAGUAUAUAUAAACAGUGCACAUAUUACAAAGAUAAUAUGUUUGGACCCGCUCAGGUGUGCAGUGCGAUAGUAACUUGCCGCGGCACAUCGAAAUUGCCCGUGUAGAGCGUUCCUUCUUGGCAGAAAAACACAAUUUUUGCACCAUGAGCUGCUUGGUCGGGAACGGAAAGCGGAACAGCGGCAGCACGCUGGACGAAUUCGACAAGGUCAGCACGUUGGCCAAUGCCGAUGAUACCGAGUGUGUAUCGCCGGAUCCGGGGCGGGAGCCGGAAAGCAACAAACCGGAUUCGCAAACGGAGCCCGAGCCGGAGCCUGAGUUUGGCCAUUUGAAUGAGACGCGGAGGAAGAUUCUCGAUGCCAUUGCUGCUUUAAAUGAUGAUAGCUUCGAUAAGCGUAUGGCCCGGUUGCUCAUGCAGUACGAGAGCGCCAUUCGGGAAGAGUUUGAGCGAGCUCAGUAUUUGCCCCUUAAGUGCCGCAAGCUGGCGCGAAUCCUAACCGGCCUCACUGAUGUCAUCCACACCAUGGUUCAGGGUCGAGCGCUGCAGCGGGACGAGAGCUACAGGCAACGCAUGUGCAAUAUUGUUGGCUUUUACAUAUCCUGCGAACUCUGCUCCGCUCAGGAGCCGGUGGAAAAGGAGGAGGUCAUCAUCAACCGGAUCAACAGCUGCCUGAAGCUCUACGUGGAGUACGGAGAUGGUGGCGCCGGCGUCCACCGGGAGCACGUGCUGCGCACUCUCCUCGCUGCACCCAAGCUCUUCAACAGAGCUAGCAUUCUGUCCAUGCUGUACAGCCGCCUUUUUCCCCACUGGUCCGUACCCAGCGUUAUGAUACAAGCUGAACUGCCAGAUAAACUCUACAUCGAAUACAUACUCAUAUUUUACUACUGGCAGCGUCUGGAGUCGGAUGAGUCAGUCAAGGAGCGCAUCGUGCAGUUCGCCGAAAAGUUCAUGAGGCCCUCAAGAUCCCUGGCCAUAAAAAGUGUCUAUGCUCAUUACUUGCCAAAGUUUACGGACCAGAAUUCCGCCACGCGCACCAUAUUAAAUCAUCUGCGAAUGAGCAGUUGCACAAGUUUGCAUGUGGUCAGCAAGGUUGACAAUCGACCGCCGCAGUCCAACGAAGUGGUGCUCAGUUCUGAUGAUGAGGACAGCUGCCCGAUGUGGGACAUAUCGGGUACGCCGACAUCAUCAAUUUACAAUCAUCCGCCCGUUUUCCUCCAGAAUCUCUGCCAGAAUGCUCGCCAGUUGGAGCCCUGCAAGCGCGCCAACGUUCUGUUUAGCGGCAUUGACAACUCAAUGGAGAUUGUAGAGCUGCGUGACUCUGACGAUGAUGUAGAGAUGUUUUCGGUGAACUUUAAUGUGCCUGCCAACGUAGAUGGCAUCAACUCGAACUCCAAUUCAAACGAUUCGGCUAAUCAGACAUCGACAACGAUCCUCGGCGAUGACGACUCCGUGCCCGUCACUCGGAUCUAUCCCAGCAAUCUGCGGACUUAUGAAAGGACUGUGCUUCCACCCACUACCUACACAGUUCCGCGGAUUGUGAACAGCUAUAGUUGUCGCCGGGAUAGUCUUCAUUUGGUGUCUACCACGGCGCCACAUCUUGUCGAUCAGUGUGUGCAAACGUUGGACGACGAGGAGCAGGAUCUGGUAGAGGAGGACCAAUACUCAGGCGCCCACAGCCACGGCUUCUUCCCGCAAAGCAGUAAUGCCAGCUAUGCCAGCGGACAACGAACCCCACUUUACCACUGCCGUCAAACUUCUAGUCAAAACAGCAACUGCAGCGAGUCUUCGCUGCUAAAGAAACAGGUUACCUUCAGUCCCCGGCACUUGGGUGCGACCACUCCGAACGCCAAGACAGGCGCAUCCAAGAAGCCAUCCAUUAAGCAGUACAAGCCAUCUUUGUCCAAGGCCACAGAAUCACAACGAUGGAAAGAGGAGCACCGAAAGGCCAGUGCGAAAAUGUUUGCCAAACUGGACGCCAAGAUCAAAGCCAGGAGUGAUGCUGAAAAUGCGACUAGCCAGUUAACGCCCACCACUAGCAACGCCUCCAGUAGUACACCCACAAAGAUCUCGGCCACACCCACCCGCAUCCGGAGUACGCAACGAGGACAAAGAGUGGCGUUGCCCACGCCGCCAGCUUCCACGCACAGUUCGAGUAGUCCCUGCCAGAUACGAAGUGCAUCAACUGACAACCAUAACUCCAACGCCGAUUCGGAUUACAGUCGUCGCUGUUUCUCCAAGACAGCUGUUGAUGAAGUGAGCUACUACAAUCACCUGCUAACUCUGCAGCGCGAGAAUAUCCGACGACGCAGGUUGAAUAAUCAGAAACAGAAAAAGAAUCGAAAAGUCAGCCAAAAAGUGCAAAAGAAGGACGAUAAGCCUAAUAUGCUGAAGCAGGCCACAAAGCGAUGUCGGAAGCUUCGCGCAUUAAAUGCGAAGCGGAAAAACGAGGUACAGCAACUGGAGCAGGAUCUCGACACUAUUCGGAAAUCUGCACCGCAUAAAUUGCCCAUAAUAAGACUGAAACGUUGUAAUCUCAAGAGCCAUAAACGGUCACUCAGAGCUGAAGAAGCACCCAGUGUCCAAGAGCAUAUACUUUCUAUGAAUCCUGAUCGAGAAUUAAAGGAACAAAAAAAGGCGCAGAAGCCUAAGAGAAAGCGACACAAAAAAGUGCAAAAGGAGCAAGAAAACGAAAAUGAUUUGCGGGAACAAGAAAUUAUAAUAUCGCAAAGCCAAAUGGUUGACGAAGAUAAAGUGGAGGAACACCAUGCUCCUGAAGCGCCAAGUGAGCAGCAACGAGAGCUCGAUUUGGAGCAUCAACAAUUUUUGGAAGAGCAGCUGCUACAGGAGCAACAUCAAUUGGCGAUGCACGAGGAAGAGCAUCAGCAAAUGGAUGAUGAACAAGAGUCACACGAAGUAGCUCCUCUGCUAGAGGAUCAGCAACUGGCGGAGGGAUUACAUCUUCAUGUUGAGAAUGAAACGUUGGCAGAGAAAGAGCAACAUCUGAUAGAAAAUGAUGACCAGGAAGCGGAAGAUCAGCAACGGGAAACGGAUCAACAGCUGUCGAAAGAUCAGCCGCAGGAGCACGAUGAGAAUCACUCACUCAGUCAAGAGCAGUUUGACGAGCAAUGUACGCCCACACCGAACGGCAAAAGGCGCAAGCGAAGACGGCGAUUCAAGGGACGUUGUUGGACGCACGUAAAGAAUAAGAAAAAGAAGCAGUGGCUAAUAGAUUACCCAUUGGAGUUUGAGACAGAUCCUGCGCUAGAUACCUCUCCCAUUCAACCUGAGCCAGCUCCAGAUGAACAACAAGUCGAGCCAGUUACCGAGCCAGUUGCUGAGCCAGUUGAUGAUCCAGUUGAUGAGCCAGUUGCUGAGCCAGUUGCCGAGCCAGUUGCCAAGCCAGUUGCUGAGCUAGUUGCCGAGCCAGUUGGUGAGCCAAUUGCCGAGCCGACACCAGAACCCGCCUACGAUUUCGAUCAGGACUUGGUGCCCGAUGUGGGCAACGAAUUGGAGAUUGCUGCUCCCAUUCGCGUCGCCGAGGACGAAGACAGCACUGCGAUAAUCUCGCCGUCCCACAACCUGGAACUGGUGACCAGCCACGUGCCUGUGUACUUGCUCAAUGGAGAAAGUCGCGAUGUCAGCACACCCCUGUCCACCAGCUCUUACAGUGCCGGUGGAUCAGAGACAUAUGCGUCUUCAAAGGAAUUAGUUUAGGAAGCCCCCACACAGACCAGUUGUAGUUCCAGUUGCCGAUCCAAUCCCAUUGAUCUUGGCCUGCAAUAGUAUUUGUAUUAUUUUUUUGGAAGAAACUUCUGUAAAACUGUUGAAUCACUGUAAUAAUUAGGUUUAUUGAAGUUAAUUAGGAGUUGUUGAACGUUAUGAUUUUUAGCUUACAUAUAUUUUGCAAUACCCUUAUCCCAUUAAAAUCCCCGGCAUUAUCCAUGUCAAUUUUAAAAAAUAACACGAAAUUAUUAGUGUAAAUUGUGCGUAAAAUAAUAAUCUAAACAACA